GCGGUGCUUAGCUCACCCGCCCGCUUUUCCUCCGGUUCUGCCCGCCGCCUGAGUUCGGAGCUGGGGGCGUGCUGCUGCGAAGGCUGUCACGCCUGUCCCGCGCGGUUUCCAGGUCCCAGCCCACGACCCCCGUGGGCGGCUCAGCGGCCACGUGCUGGGUGGCGGUCCCGUCACCGGCUGCCCUCGCCAAAACAUGGGAUUCCACCCCACUCCACCCCUAGUUACUCGGCCCAGCCCGGACCCUUCACCAGCUUUGAAGAAGCAAGCUGCCAUGAGUCCUACAGCCAAAGGAAACGAAUUCAGGCAACCACUGAUCGAGCUUGGAAGCAAACUCUUCUCUAGUCGAGUCUCCUGGUGGAUGAGAACCCAGCCCUGGCUGACACCUUGAUUGCAGCCUUACAGAAGACCCAGGUGAGGGUGACGGACCCAAGGAGGAUCCUGCAGUGAGCCCGGCAAUCCAGGAGGCCCCCUCAGCUUUAGGACACCUAAAAUCCCUGAAGAUUCCAGUACCCACUGUGUCUCUUGUGCCGCCCACACCCCCAGUGGGAGACACUUUGAAAUCAUUACAGGACCCUGUAUUUGGAUGCUUGCCUCCUCAAGCUAUAAGGACCUUACAGUGAAGAUGGGAAACACAUUUUUAUAUUCGGAUUGCCUAAGUGCAGUGGUCGUUCCAGUUCAAGACAUCAUUUGGCAUAGGGAUUUUAAUGCGAGCCUUAUCACUAACGACAUUGCCCUUCUUCAGCUGGCCAACUCUGUGAAUUAUUCUUCGUACAUUCAGCCAGUGUGCCUCCCUGAAAAGAAGUUUGACGUGAAAGCUGGGACACAGUGCUGGGCAACUGGAUGGGGCCGAACUUUAGAAUUCGCCACAUCACUGCCACGUGUUCUUCAGGAGACUGAGCAAAUCAUUCUUCACCACAAGGAAUGUAAUCAGAAGAUACAGACACAGUUAGGAGUCCAUCGCCAAGUAGUUGGAAGAGGGGUGAUCUGUGGCUAUCACGAAAAGAUUAAAAGUCCCUGCAAGAUUCUCAAAUCAAUAUAAAUUAUGAAGCUCUCCAAUGCACGAAGCCCAGGGACACAAGGUUAUGAUCAGAGGCUGGGCGACAAGGUGCCAGCACUAGUCCAGGGAUUUGGAUGUGCCUUCACCGGCCAGGUUUUGGGGGACAGUCACCCACUUAAGGCACUUGGGGGUACUUCCAUGGGACUGGCCACCACGGAGGCAAUGACAAGCCCCAGGCUCUGCAGUCAUCUUCAAGGAACCCGCACGAGGUGGGUUUACAAAGGAGACAACACCAAACCAGCUUGUGGCAAACCCUGGUGGCCGAAGAAUUUGGACGUGACACGCCAUUGGCCCUGGGAGGUGAGCCUCCGAGUGGAAAAUGAGCAUGUGUGUGGAGGAGCCCUCAUUGAUCUCGACUGGGUAGUGACUGCUGCCCACUGCAUCCAAGGCACAAAAGAGUAUUCAGUGAUUCUCGGCACCUUCAAGCUGAAGCCCACGGACUCCACGAGGGCCCUCUUGAUCCCUGUGAGGGACCUCAUUACGCACCCCAAGUACUGGGGCCAGAACUUCAUCGCGGGUGAUGUUGCCCUCCUCCAGCUUCACACUCCUGUCGUCGUCAGCAAGUACGUGCAGCCCAUCUGCCUCCCGGAGCCCAACUACAACCUGAAGGUUGGGACGCAGUGCUGGGUGACUGGCUGGGGCCAGGUUAAACAGCGCUUCUCAGCCAGCUCCACACUGACCCCAGAGUUGCGGGAGGCCGAGGUGUUUAUCAUGGACAACAAGAUUUGUGACCGGAUUUACCGCAAGAAGUCCCUCAUCCCCCGCGUUGUCCCCCUUGUCCUGGGGGACAUGAUCUGUGCCACCAAUUAUGGAGAAAACUUGUGCUAUGUGAGUUUCUGGGAGGUUCUGGCAGCUCUCCUUCGGUUGGGAUGACCCCAGGUGGGGGGCAUUUCCCCAGGGGGAGGUGUGCUUGGCCUCCCUCUUUGUCAUCAUCAUCAGGUAGUGCUCUGCUCCUAUCUGCCUUCCCCGUGAAUUUGAUUUUGCCUGAUAUUCUGGGAUGGGAUCCCCAACUGAGGAGUGAAGGAGGACUCCAGGUAGUGAGAUCCUCAAGGAAUGAAAGAAGCUUCCAAGCAGAACUCAGAGGGUGGGCAUUCUGGGUCCCCCAAUCCCUUGGGUCCCAGCUGGGUCCAGAGCCUCCAUCACUCCUCUCUCUUUGCCUAGGGGGGGACCCUGGGGGUUCGUUGGCUUGUGAAGUCGAGGAUAGAUGGAUUCUUGCUGGGGUGUUGUCCUGGGAAAAGGCCUGAGCCCAAGUACAUAAUCCAGGAGUGUACACCCGUAUCACCAAAUACAGCAAAGGGAUCAAGAAGCAAAUAAGCAAUGGGGUUCUCUCAGUCCUCUGCACCUCCUCCUGGCUCCUACUCCUGUCCUGGCUGCUGCAGCCCCAGAUGGGCCCCUGAUCUCCCUUCUCCUUUCUUCUCUGUGCUUUGCCUUUGCCAAAUGGGGCCAGAUCAAGGUUAGACCAAGGUCAUGGGUCUGUAAUCAACAAAGAUCAAGGUGGGAAAAGAGUGGCCCCUGGGAGACUGGGUCCUGCUUUGACCUCCUAGUGGGGAGGAUGUGGUGGAUGACUAGGCUUUGAGUGACCAGGAGAAGGAAAUUGUGGCCUAGAAGGGCUUUGGAAUUGGGGACCAGGAUAGCAGGGAUUAUAUCUGUGCAAACAUGAGCUGGCUCUGUUCUCUUUUCUGGGUGGCCCCCGGGAGUUGGGGGUUGGUGCGUGGGUAAGGCCUCCUGGAAUUAAUUCUGCCAGCAGGCUCCCCAGAGUGGGGACUGAUGGUUUUUGCUAUAUCACUUGUGCUGGGGCUUUGGGAAAGGGCCUGGGCCUGAGGCAUCAGUUUCCUCAACUGGAAAUUGGGCAUGCUGUAAGAGAGCAGUUGAGACAUGCACUGUAGGUGACAGUAGGAAGGACCCACAUAUCGUGCUCCAAAAUCAGCUUUCUCUUUUUUUUAAAAAUGGCAUUAAAAAAAAAAACACUGAUUAUAAAAGUUCCCCUCCUACAUUUUUUUUUUUUUGCGGUACAUGGGCCUCUCACUGUUGUGGCCUCUCCCGUCGCGGAGCACAGGCUCCGGACGCACAGGCUCAGCGGCCAUGGCUCACGGGCCCAGCCGCUCCGUGGCAUGUGGGAUCUUCCCGGACCGGGGCACGAACCCGUGUCCCCUGCAUCGGCAGGCGGACUGUCAACCACUGCACCACCAGGGAAGCCCCCCCCUACAUUUUUUAAAAAUUAAAAACAAUUAAAAGCAAUGUCUGAAUUUUUGUUGUGAUUUACCAAAAAAAUUCAGAAAUACAUGUAAAGAUUCUCCCUUGCUCAUUCACCCCCACCACCAAUGCUGCUCCCCUCCCCAGAAGUAAUCAUUGUUGGCAUCCUUAAAUAAAAUAUCUUUAUGGUUUUUUAAAUAAAUAGAAUCUUAUAUAUGUAUUAUUAAUAACCUACAUUAAAAAAAACUAUAUGCCUUGAAAACCUAUGUCAGUACCUAGAGCUAUUCAUAAUUUUACAUUAUUGCAUGUGUACCGUGUGGAUGUAAUGUAUGUUAUUUAACCAGCACCAGGUUUUAGGCUGUUUCUGACUUGUCAGCAUUGUGACAGUGCUGCCAUGAGCAUAUUCCUGCGUGCUCGGGGGUGGGGUGGGGGAGAGCACAGUCUGAAGCAUUUCUGCAGCGGUCUUCCUAGGAGUGGAUUCAGGGGAGGACCAUCAGAGUAGACACAAAUUUAGUAAUUUUGGAUGAAUAUAAUUUACUCCUCCCAAAAGCUGAACCAGUAUACAUUCACACCUACAGUAUACAAGAAUGAACGCUUCUCCUUUUUGCUAAAAAUGGAUAUUAUUAAUCUUCAAAAAUUUUGCCCAUCCAGUGGUAGAAAGUUAUAUCAUUGCUGUUUUAAUUUGCAUUUUCUUGAUUGGAAAAAUGUCUUUUCAUGUGUUUAUUGAAAAAAAGGUAUACUUUUUCACUAGUAAAUCCUCCGUUCAUAUGCUUAUUUUAGAAAUUAGGUUGUUUAUCUUUUUCUCAUGGAAGGUCUUUAUCUUUUCUAAAUAUUAAGCUUUUGUCAAUUAUUUUACAAAUAUUUUCUCCAGUUGUUGUCACUUAUCUUUUACAAAUAUGUGGAAUAUAUGGGUAAUUUUCCUGUAAAGACUUUAAAAAUUAUUAUUGAAUGAAGUCAGUCAGUGUUCACUUUCUUUAUGGAUUUUGUGGCUUGCUUAACUUGGCCUUCUCCAUCUCCAGAUUAUAAAACUAUCUUCACAUAUUUCUUUUAAUAUUUUGAUAAAUUUAUUUUUUAUGUGUAACUGUAAUCCUUUUGAAAUUUCUGUUAUAUAUAGUGUGAGUCAGGCGCUAACUCUGUUUUCAACUGGAGAACCAACUCGGUUGACAUUAUUUCUUGUAGAGUCCAUCCUUUCCUGCUGAUUUGAAUGUCCACAUUUAUAAUAAUGAAAUCCUAAUAUAUUUGUGGGUGUGGUUUUGAAACCUUUAUUAUUUCCCACUAAUCUGUUUGUCUGUCCCUGGGCUAGUGCUGUACUGUUUCAAUCAGCUUCAUGUUAUGUUUUGUUAAAUGGUAGCAAAAGCUCUCCUCUUCUUUAAAAAAAAAAAAUUGCCUAAUCUACAAAGUUUGCCUUCCAUAUAAACUUUAGAAUCAGUUUGUCGGUUUUCAUUAAAAAUGCUAUUGGUAUUUUAACUGAAAUUAAAUACACAGAAUAAUUUGGGGAGAACUGUCAUUUUUACAGUGUUGAGUUCCUAACCAGGAAUACGGUAUAUGUCUCUAUUCAUUCAGCUCUUCUAUUCAUGGAUGUCUGGAAAACCAUUGAGUUUAUUUCUAAGUAGUUUACAGAUUUUGAUUAUGUCUGUUAUGGGUGGUAUCUUUUCCUAUUACACUUUUUCUAAUUGUGCAUAUUAGGUAUUUUAAAGCUGUUGAUGGAUUUAAAAAAAAACAGUGAUCUUGAUUCCUGGUCAUCUUGCAAAACUGUGUAUUAAAUUCAGUAGUUUUUCAGUUGAUUCUCUUGGCUUAUUUUGGGGUAAUCACAUCACCUAAAAUGGUGACAGCUCCCUCUUGUCCUUUUUGAAAGUCACACCAUUUAUUUCUUUUGCUAUCUCAUUGCUGGAGACUCCAGCACAAUAUGAAAUAGUAGCAAUAAUGGUGAGGGUACAUGUGCUGACCCUGACUUCAUCCUUUCAUUCAUUCCCCAGAUACUUGGAAUUUCCUCUGUGUCAGGCACUGUUUUGGGCCCAGGUGACACAGUUGUGAACUGUUAAGAUGAUUAUUCUUAUUUAAUUUGUUUACUUAGUGAAACACAUGACUAGAUCUCCAGUAGAUUUCUUAGGUAAAUCCUGUAAUACACUCUGGAUUAAAUUUCUUCCGUUUUGUUUAGAAUUUUUGUUCCAAUAUUGGUUUGGCCUACAAUUUUCCUUUCUGUUCCACCGUUGGUGCCAUUGCUAUGCUAGCAUCUUAAAACAUGUUGAGGAGCUUUCUAGUCUUUUCCUGUGCCCUAGAGCAGUUUAUAUAACACCAGCAUUAUCUGUUCCUUACGUUUGGUAGAUUGUGCACAUAAAACUUAUUGGGCCUGAUGCCUUUUUUAGGGGACAAAUCUUUGACUAUUUAAAAAAAAAACUUUAAUAGUUAUUGGCUUAGUUGGGUUUCCCACCUCUUUUUGCAUUAAUUUUACUAAAAUAAAUCAAUUUAGCUUAGAUUUAAAAAUUUUUAACUGAUACGUAAAAUUUGAACCUAUGGCUCCUUUCCUAUUUUUAAUAUUAUUUACAUGUGUACUGUUUCACUUUUCCUAAUUAUUAAAGAUUAAAAUUGCCAAAUUUUUGUCUAUUUCAUAGGUAUUUUCCAAAAAAACACCUGAUGUACUGUUAUUGGUUAGCUUUAUGGUAUCCAUCCUUCCCUCAUAUUACUACAGGUCCUAGUCAGUAGUCCACACUGUCUGCCAUGUUGCUCAUCAUCUUCAGGAAGAAGCUGUCACACUCCCAGCUCCCAAGUGGGUGGCUCAUUGGCUUGAUCUAAUUAGCAUAGUCCAGUUCCCGGCCACCUGACCCCAGUUAGGUUAUCCCAAUAAGCAUAAGCUAUGGUUAGAGGAGAGAAAUGCAUACUGUCUCUGUUUUUUUUUAAUUUUUAUUUAUUUAUUUAUUUUUGGCUGCGUUUGGUCCUCGUUGCACACGGACUUUCUCUAGUUGUGGUGAGCGGGAGCUACUCUUCCUUGUGGUGUGCGGGCUUCUCACUGCGGUGGCUUCUCUUGUUGCAGAGCGUGAACUCUAGGCAUACAGGCUCAGUAGCUGUGGCACACGGGCUUGGUUGCUCCGCGGCAUGUGGGAAUCUUCCCGGACCAGGGCUCGAACCCGUGUCCCCUGCAUUGGCAGGCGGAUUCUUAACCACUGCACCACCAGGGAAGUCCCCAUACUGUCUCUCUUAAUGUGGAUGAGGAGGCAGAAGGAUGCUGGCAACCAUUUUUCAAUAAGGAGAUCAACUCAGAAUGAAGCCACCAUCACUGAAGAGAGACAGAAAUUUUAAGCCUGUUUGAGUGGAAGUUUCUCUUACUUGUCAACUCCUAAAUGGUACAAACUACCUUUUGAUUUUAGUGAUCAAAUAUGCUUCUUUUUGUUUAUUUUAUUUCAUGAAAGUUCUUUUAGCUUUAGUAAUUCAGUCUUCUCCUUUGGGGAGAUUUACUUUAUUGUUCUUUUUCUAACUUCUUGAGUAGUAUGCUUAGUUCAUUAUUAUAGACUUUUUUCAUUUCUAAUAUUUUCACUAAUUCCAUAAAAUUUCCUGUGAGUCUCACUUUGGCCGUAUUUCACAGGAUUUUAUAUGUACUGACCUCAUUGCCAUUCAUUCUAUAUUGUUUUUUAUUUCACACUGUAUUUCUUACUUAACCCAAGAGUACUAUAUGGGUGUUAUUUAAUCUCCUGAUGGAUAGUUUGGGGGAGGGACAGGGGCUUCUCCUUUUUCUCUAUUAAAAAUUAUAUCAAUAUGGAUUUAAUUAUUUCCACAUUCUGGAAUGUGUUGAGGUUUUCUUUGUGCCUAGUAUUUGGUCAGUUUUAUUGAAUAUUUCAUGUGCGUUUGAAGUAAAAGUGUGUGUUUUGAAACAGAGUUCUAGCUAGAACUGACUGGAUCAGGCUUGUUGAUUGUGUUAUUCAAAUCCUCUAACACUUCAAAUAUUUUAUAUCUAUAAAUCUGUUGAUUUCUGAGCGGUUUAUCAUGAGAAUUCAGAGUUUGUCUAUUUCUUCCUGCAGUUCUAACAAUUCUUGCUUCAUGUUUGAAAGCUGUGUUGUUAGGAGUGCAAGGUUCAUGCCUGCUGUACCAUCUUGAUGGGUUAUACCCUAUCAGUGUAAAAUAUGCCUGUUGUCCUAUUUAAUAUUAUUUCUUUUUACAAAGAUCCAGAUCAUAGAGUUCAUUCCUAACUCUGCUGUAAUAAUUGGUUAGGGUAUAAUUUUAUAUUUUGUACAUGUUUCUUACAGAUUUUCCUUGGGGUUAUUUUGUACCUUUUACAGUUUCUUGCUUUGAACAUUUAAUUCAUUUAUUUUCAUUCUUUGUUAUUCAAUAAUAAAUACCUUUACGGUUAUAGAUUUGCCUUGAACACACUCAAAAAGUUUUUUUAAUGCAUUGCUCUAAUAGUAUUUUCUAAAUAGUUUAUAGAAUGUUUUUAUUUCCUUGAAAUAAGUUAACCAACUUUAUUUUUAAAAUUUUCAAGUCAUUUGUUUUAUUUCACUUACUCAUUCUUAUUAAAUCUUUGUGUCAUUGCAUCAUCGUAAAAUAUGUGGCCCAAACUAGUUCCACUUAUAGGGAAAUCAUUGUGGUUUUCUUAGUAGUCUAGUGUGCAGUUGAUUUUUAUAGAUGUUCAAUCCCUCAAAGAUAGACAAAGCUGGAGAAGACUCUCCCACUGCAAGUGAAGUUUUUCCAUUUCUCGUGUAUCACUGUUUGAUGUUGUUACUGAUGACCAGCUUUAAUGUUACAUAGUCAUUAUAAUUUUUAUCUUUUUUCAACAGAAAGUAAUUUUAUUUUUCUGUUUAAAGCUUUUGUCCUGAAUUACAUCUCUAGAGAUUAAUAUUGUCAUUUCUAUUUUUGCUUACAUAUACUUAAUAUAUUUUUGCCCAUCUUUUACUUUCAACUGCUUCAUAUCACUUUGUUUUAGGUGAGUCUCUAUUGAGUAGCAUGUGAGUAGAUUUUUUUCUACCCAAUAUAAGAAUCUCUGACUUGUAAAAGUAGAGGUUUUUCUUUGUAUUCACAUUGGCAGUGAUAACGGAUAUGCUUGGUCUUUAUUCAAUUAUCUUGGUUUUAUUGGUUCAUCAUUCCCCCCGCAAAGCAUUACUUUCCACAAAGGCAGAAGAGUAGAGAGAGUUUUGCUUCUCUGGAUUUUCUUUCUUCUCUCUCUCCCUCCCUCUUUCUCUCUCUUUCCCCCAGAGGAAAUCUGAUUGUAGGAAAUCUGAUUUUCUACCAUGUAUCCCUAAAAAUACAGGGAUAGUUUGCGUUGCUUGUUUUUGAAUUUCAUGCAAUAUGUACCAUUUGGUGUCUGAAUUCUUUCACUCAGCAAUAUGUUUUAUGAGAUUCCCAUGUCACUACAUGUAGUGGUCUGUUCUCAUUGCUCGAGUAUUCCGUGCAUUCAUCCUGCCUUUGAUGGCAGCUGGGUAGUUUCUAGUUGGGGCUCUACCCAACAGUGCUGCUGCCAACAGUCUCAUGUGUCUUUCCUCCUGCAUACGUGUAUGAUGUUUCUAGGGCUCACAACCAGGAGUGGAACUGCAGGUUGUGAGGUAGGCACAUUUUCUGCUUUGCUAAAUGAUUCCGAAGUUUUCCACAGUGCUGGCCCCAGUCCAUCUCCUCUAGCAGCGUAAUGAGCAGCAGUCUCAUUACCCAUGAUCUUGACAACACUGGCAACGGUGUGGAGCAGGAGUGAGCCGUCCUCAUGGACAGUCCCUCAGGGGAUUCUUGGGGUGGGGACUUCAGUGGAGUGGUGGAGAGGGGUCCCAAAAUGUCAUUUAUUCUGCUGAUUCAUGAAGACCCAGGCUUGCAAGCUGCUUCCUCUCAGGAAUUCACCUCCCAGGCCCAAAACACCUGGCCUCUACCCAUGAGCUGUUCUCUUAAAAAUGCAAAGUGGGAAAAAGGAAAACUUCAGUUCCAGCUCAAUCAGUCACAGCAAGGAACUAGCCGUCCCCCUCUCAGAGCCUCAGUUUCCAUACCUCCAGGGGAGCCACGAGAAGGGCUUCAUAAAGGAACUUGAACUGGGCACUGGGAGUGCCUCACAGGCCAGGCACUAGGCACUGUCACAAGCCAGAUACCUGGCGCUAUCACAGACUUAGGGUUAGGGAUACAGGGGCCCCGUCAAGGCCAAGGCUGAGCCCAGGAGGCAGUGUCUCGGGCCAGACAGCACGUGCUGUCACAGGUUCAGGGCAAGGCGUCAGCAGCACCAUUCCAGAGAGGUGUCUGGCAGCAGCAUCACAUCAUGGCUCUGGCAGGCCACAUUGUCUACUUAGCCUCCUGCUGCUGCCCCAGCUGGGUGAGCCCCCAACCCUGGGGCGGAGGCUCACUCCCUGCUGCCCUGCAUGAACAAACCAUGAGUUCUAGAAUUCUCACACAAUAGAGAUGCCCUGCCCCACCCUGCCUCCAAGUCCCAUAACGAGGACCAGUGAGGGCCGUGCAGUUGCUUGCCGUGGCAUGUGGGCAGGGAGAUCUUCAGGGCCUCGCAUCUCCAUUUCCUUCUGCCAGGGCUGAGAAUAAUCUCUAUGUUCAAGGUAGGGCUUUGGGAGCAUGGGAGAGAGGCAGGAGGGCUUUGUUUGCCUGGGUGCCUAUGUCCACUGUCCUCAUGCCUGCAUGGCCUCCAUUUGUUCCUGAUGGGCAUCUCCUCAUCAGACUGCAUGAUGUGCCAAACCUGGGGACCCAGACAGUGUCGAGGCAGUUCCUGUUUGCCAGUGACCAUGAACAUGAGGAAAGAGCCUUAUUAAAAAUGGAAACAAAGUAAUAUCCAUGGAACGGAUUUGGGAGGCACAGUCUCAGAGAACUGGGACUUGUGAUGAGGACGAUGUGAUGUGUGGGUGACUGCUCAUCCCACAUAAGGUAUCAUUCACAUGGCUUAUAUCUCAACACCCCCUGAAGUGGGCUUUACCAAUAUCCACAUUUCACAAUAGGAACCUGAGGCCCAGAGAACUAAGCGCUUGUGGUGCCAGUAUUCAGUACCAGUUUUCAGCAGACUCUUUGGGGGUAAAAAGUGUGGGACCCCAUGUGACAAGGUCUCUGGGCUCCCACCCUAACUGACCACAUGUAAUCUUGUGGUGGCAGCCCUGAUUCAGGUCACCUGCCAGCUGUCCAUUCUGCCCCUUGGCAGAAAAUUUGCUGGCGUGGCAUCUGUUAGUAGGGAUGUGUUCCCCACCUUAGGGAAUUUGUCCUUUUCCUUCACUGUGUGACUCCCCUUCCCAGACCAGUUCCUUGAGUGAGUGAGUGAGUGAAUGAGUGCUCUCCUACUCUGUGCUGUCCUCAGGUAUCUGUGACGUCUGAGGGUGGUGAGGAUGUGCACUGCUCCUUGUAGCUAACUGCUGUGCCUGUGAUGAUGUGGGGGUGAGGGUCUGGGACCUUGUAGGGACAGAGGUCAUGAGCCAAGACACACAUUCCCAUUGCCACAUGUGAGUGCACGGGGUGACAUCGGAAUACAGCUUGUGAGUGGGAGCGCUUGGACUCGAACUCCAAGAAGGGGUAGAGGUCGUCCGCAGUGGAAUCUGUUUGAGCCACUGAGUGUCCCCCAUAUAUGGAAUGGUAUCACUGUGUCUAUGACAAGAUUGAUCCGCAACACCUCAUGCCCCCAAAUUAAUCCAUCAUGGCUCCCUCCAGAUUCAGCUGCUGUUCUUGGUGCUGGCAUCUCCAGGCUGAAUCCCGCACAUCUUGUAUAAGGUUUGGGGGAAGGAGAUCAGAGUCAGCGUUGUCCUGGACGUGAGUUGUGAGGAGUACUGUUCUCUGAAACUGAGGAACCCACUGAAGGUGUGGAGCACAGAAGCAAAGCCCAACCCUACCUCUUAGAGCUGUCACUUUUUUUAAAUUUAAUUUAAUUUAAUUAAUUUAUUUAUUUUUGGCUGUGUUGGGUCUUCGUUUCUGUGCGAGGGCUUUCUCUAGUUGCGGCAAGCGGGGGCCACUCUUCAUCACGGUGCGUGGGCCUCUCACUAUUGCGGCCUCUCUUGUUGCGGAGCACAGGCUCCAGACGCCCAGGCCCAGUAGUUGUGGCUCACGGGCCAAGUUGCUCUGCGGCAUGUGGGAUCUUCCCAGACCAGGGCUCGAACCCGUGUCCCCUGCAUUAGCAGGCAGAUUCUCAACCACUGCGCCACCAGGGAAGCCCAGAGCUGUCACUUUUAAAGUAGCAAAGUUCAUUCUGUGGGACCCUGGGUCUCCAGGGCCUAAGCUUUGUGAGAGAGGGAAGGGCAAGGCUUUGGAAGCUCUCUCUUUCCUACCAAAGUCUCCAUUGGAGCAGGCUGUAAUCUGAAACAAGGUAGCCAUAAACCCACCACAGUAUAUGAGAAGGGCUGGAAAUGUGGCUCCCCCUUGGGGGAGACAGAAUAUAAGACAGCAAGCCAUUGGACAGAAACAUGGGCAAGAAUGGAGCAAUGAGAGGGCAAGGCAGACGAAACUCCAUGGAGAUGUUGGGGCUUGUGCAGGUGCCUGUGGAUCCCUGUGGGGAGCCACUGGUUGAGGGUAAAGGUGACCAGCCAUGGGAGUGUGUGGCAAGGGGACCAGCCAUCCACAUCUGAUAGCAGUACCAGGAGCCCUGGGACAUGGUGGAACAAGACCAAACAUCAAUGGUUUGGGACCCUCUGAGGGACUGCUAUGAGGCAGAGCCCAGUAGAUUUUUCUGCUAAUGUGUAUGAGUUGCAAUAGAUUAUUAGCCUGGUCUGUUGAUUGUUGUACCCUCUCCACCACCACCACGGAACGCGCCCCUGCCGCCCCCCUUCGCCCCCCGCCCUGUUCCCAGGCAAGGACGAGCCUUGCUUGCUGCUGCUGAGUCCCUGAAGCUCUGGUUGGCACUGCACACUGAACUGCUGAAGGGAACACUUUCUGGAACCACGUCUGCUUGAGACAGUGUAAAUACGUGUCCAACUUUGCCUGUAUGAGGAGGUCCAUGACCGCCUGUGACAGCUUCUUGGGCAGCCCAAACUUUACAGCAGGCUAUACAUAAGGAACCUUUUAAUUUGUCUUUAGUCUUGGUCUCCAACCUUUGCUGUAGAAUUUCUCCCUUUCCUGUCCUCAGUGAUGUUCAGUUAUUAAAUACCAGUCCAAGGUGGUCCAGUUCAGAAUCUCAAUCUCCUAUCCAUUUCAAUGCAGCCCCCACUGCUCCCAUUCCUGCUGUUGGAGCCAGUGAGGGGCAAGGAGGAAAUUGAUAAGCAUCUCUACCCAUUUCCUGGUAUGGUCGCAGAGAGCGCACCUCCAGGGCUGGUGGUCUAUGGAGGCAUGCCCUGGAGUUGUACAAUGUGACAUCACUGUCCAUUGCUUUCUGGCUACAACUGACUAGCAGCCCUGCUCAUUGUGCCCCAUCACUUAGCGCUUACUGACACUCACCCCUCUGAUGAUUCUCUCUUCUCCUUCACUUGUGUAAACAAGGGAGAAGGGAUGAAUCCUGGGCUGACGGAUUGUAAGAAGCCCUGGAGGGGUUGUCUGGUCCCCGUUGUUUGGAGGCUGUCUUUAUAACAUGGGGCUCCUGCUGCCUCUGGGCCUUUGGUUGCCACUUUGGGGGUGGUGAGAAAAGCCCCUCCCCGCAUGUGCAUGUGGCAGUGGCUGCUUGUGACGGCUGGAAGUCUGAGGGCUGCCCUUUGCUGCCCGAGAGUCUGCAUGGGGCUGUCAUGGCCCCCUCUCUACCUUUUUUCUAAGGGUCCUGGUUCCAGGCCUGUGGUCAGACUAACAUCUCCUGCAAGAAUGUGAAGGGGAAGCUAGUAGAGGCGGGCAAAUGGCCAUGGCAGGUGAGCAUCCUAUUCCUGGGCGCGAACAACUGCAGUGGCUCCCUCAUCCACCACCAGUGGGUCCUUACAGCUGUGCACUGCUUUCAGAGUUCAGUCAGGGUGGCCCUCCAGUCUCAGGGGCUUUGCUUUCUGGCCUAGGAGGCCCUGCUGAAUCUGGGAAUCCGGGAGUAGGGGCCUGGCUGGGUAGCCCUGUGCUCAGCCUGUGUCUCUCCAACCAUUCCAUGUUUGACCUCACUGCUGGUGAUCUGCCUCCUACCCGUGACCCUGCAGAUCCAAGGACCCCAGAUCAUACUCCGUGAAGAUGGGAAUUCAAUGCCUCUCAGAAAAUGGCACCGAACUCUCAGUCACUCGCAUCGUGAUUCAUGAGGAUUUCACCAGCCUCAUGUCCCAGGAUAUUGCCCUCCUGAAGCUCAGGGACUCUGUCUCCUGGUCCCCCCUCAUCCAGCCUGUCUACCUAACCCUAAACUCAAGCUAUCUCUUGGAUCCAUGUGCUGGAUGAUCGGGUGGGGACAAACAUAUACUCGAGGUAAGUGAAGGCAGGCCGAGGUCCCAAGACACCUGCCUCUUCAGAACAUAACUCCACCACGGGCUCCUCCAUCCAUUCCUUUAUUCACUCAUUCAUUCCGUCAGCAAAUAUUUCCUGAGCACCUACACGUGCUGCACGUUGCCCUGAACUCUGUUGAUAGGAGGAUAUACACAGUGCCCUGGUGUAAAAGACACUCAUGGCGUGUAUGGACCUCAGUUCCCAAAGUUAAGUUAACUCCAAUGUCAAGCUCUCACCUUGCCGCCUGGAAGGAAAUUAAUCUUUGGCUAUUAAUGGGAUUUCUUGUCUGCAGGUGGCACAAGGACUGUGGUCUCAGGGGGGUACCUAGGCAUUGGGUGGCCAUUGUAAACACUUGUUACCUUGAACACCAAUAAUUCCUGUCCCUUGUUGGUGUCAUUCUGAGGUCCUAGAAUUGAGGAGCCUUUGUGGGGUCCUGCCCUCCAACGGGUGGCUCACUCUGGGCUCUAGGGUCUUGCCACAUUGGCAGGUAGCCAUGGAGCAGUGCCCAACCAUUCACCCUCAUGGAAUGUGAAUUACUGGGGUAAUCUCUCCUUGGCUUCAUUCAGUGCUUGGAUGUUGGUCUGAGCCCCUCGGGAGACUUUUUAAUGAGCUCGGGCUUUUUCAAAAGUCAGAUUGUGGUUUGGGGCCUUUAUACAUCACUAUCCCAGGAAAUGACCCUGCCUCCCACAUUACGAAUCUGGAUAGCUCCAAGAGGGAGAUGUGCCAAAGAGCUGAAGGGAUGACGAGGCAGGAUCUCUCUCUCUUCAGAGACCCCACAUCCCUCCUACAGUCUUCAGGAGGUGGCUGUCAAGAUUGUAAACAACAAGAUCUGCAAUCAACAAACAGUACAAGUUCCUCUUCUUGAAGGGCCAGAAAAAGUUAAUAGGGAAUGACAUGAUUUGUGCCAUCUUACAGUGGGGCAUGGACACCUGUCAGGUGCACAGUGUCUAGACCCGGGCGAGAAGACGACUUUCAGUGGUCAUGCAUUCCUUUCCACAUGGCACUGGGAGACCUUAUGAAAAUCUCCUUUCCCUGGGCUUCAGUUUCCCAAUGUGUAAAAUAAGGGUGAAAAUACUUUUCACUCCUCUCCACAAUUAUGGUUAAUAAUGGCAGUACUUCUCAGGUUAUUUGAGCACUUCUGAACAUCAGUCACAUGCCCAGAUCUGGGCCAGAUGCUGGUGGAACGAGUUUAGCAUAAAUGGCAUCAUUCUGUAAGCAAGCUUCUGCUUCUUGCAUCUUCUAGUCAACAUUGUUUUUGAGAUUUAUCCAUAUUGAUACAUGCCUCUGUAAUUCAUUAAUAGCUCUAUCUACAAUAUUCUCUUUUGUGAAUAUUCCACAGUUUAUUCAUUCUCUGUUUAUAAACAUUGAGGUAGCUUCUAAUUUUUUCAUAUCGCAUACUCUGCUGCUCUGAAUAUUCUUACACACAUCUCCCUAUUUACAUGUUCUAGAAUUUCUCAGUAUGGUGCAUCCUGCAAGGAACUGAUGGGUCAUAGGCUGUGCAUACUUUCAUCUUUAAUAGUCAUUGCCAAAUUGUUUUCCAAAGUGAUUGUAUUAAUCUAUAUUCUUUUUUUUUUUUUUUUGCGGUGAGCGGGCCUCUCACUGUUGUGGCCUCUCCCGUUGCAGAGCACAGGCUCCGGAUGCGCAGGCCCAGCAGCCAUGGCUCACGGGCCCAGCCACUCCGCGGCAAGUAGGAUCUUCCCGGACCGGGGCACGAACCCAUGUCCCCUGCAUCGGCAGGCGGACUCCCAACCACUGCGCCACCAGGGAAGCCCCUAAUCUAUAUUCUUACAGCAGUGUUUGAGAAUUCCAUUGUUCCAUAUCCUUGUCAACUUUUGGUAUUGGUCAGACUGUAAAAUGUUUUCCAUUCUGAGGAUGAGAACUAGAGAAAUAGUAUCCCUUUGCGGUUGCAUGUACCUGUCCCAGUUACUAAUGCAACUGUGCAUCCUUUCAUAUGUUUAUUCACCAUUCAUAAUUCUUUUUCUGUGAAUCACUUGUUCAGAUAGUUUACACAUUUUUCUAUUGUUUGCCAUUUUCUUUUUAUUGUAUUUUUAUGUUUGGGAUACUGAUUUUGUGUUCAUUGUGUAUAUUGCAAAUAUUUUCUUUCUUUUUGAUCUUGUAUAUACUCUCCUUUGCUCAACAGCAAUUUAGAUUUUUUAAAACAAAUUUUUAUUGGAGUAUAGUUGACAUAAUGUUGUGAUAGCAAUUUAGAUUUUAUUUCAAUCAAACAUAUCUUCUUUUUUCCUUUUUGGUUUAUGCUUAUUUAAGAAAUCCUUCAUUUUCCUGAGGUUAUAAGGACAUUUUCCUAUGUUUUCUUUUUCCUAAAAGUUUGGGAAUUUUGGUUUCCACAUUUGGGUCUUGAAUCCAUGUGCAUUCAUUUUGUGAACGGUGUAAUUUAGGGGUCUAUUUUUAUUUAUUUUGUGUAUGGACUACCAGUUGUCCCAGUGUCGUUCGCUGAAAAAACCCUUUCCUGUACUGGCUGUCACCACUUCUCUCAUAAAUCAAAUUUCUGUAUACACAGGGGAUAAUUUCUUGAGUUGGACACCUUCAAAAAAUUUUUUUUCAUUUUUAAGACAAGUAUUUCUUGUGGUUUUUAAAAUUGAAGUAUAGUUGAUUUAUUGUGUUAGUUUCAGGUGUAUAGCGUAGUGAUUCAGUGUUUUUGCAGAUUAUAUUCCAUUAUAGGUUAUUACAGGAUAAUCAGUAUAAUUCUCUGUGCUCUACAAUAUAUCCUUGUUGCCUAUCUAUUUUAUAUAUAUUGAAUAGUAGUUUGUAUCUGUCAAUCCCAUACCCCUAAUUUGUCCCUCCCUGCUUCCCUCUUCCCUUUGGUAACCACAAGAUUGUUUUCUAUAUCCGUGACUCUGUUUCUGUUUUGCGUAUACAUUCAUUUGUAUUAUUUUUUAGAUUCCACAUAUAAGUGAUACCAUGCAGUAUUUGUCUUUAUCUGACUUAUUUCACUAAGCAUAAUAUUCUCUAGGUUCAUCCAUGUUGCAGAUGGCAGUAUUUCAUUCUUUUUAUGACUGAGUUAUAUUCCAUUGUUAUAUAUAUAUAUAUCUCACAUCUUCUUAAGCCAAUUGUCUGUGGGUGGGCACUUGGGUUGCUUCCAUGUCUUGGCUAUUGUAAAUAGGGCUGCUAUGAAUAUUGGGGAUGCAUGUAUAUUUUUAAAUUAGUGUUUUUGUUUUUUCCAAGUAUAUACCCAGGAGUGGAAUUACUGGAUUAUAUGGUAGCUCUACUUUUAGUUUCUUAAGGAACUUCCAUACUAUUUUCCGUAAUGGCUGCACCAAUUUACAUUCCGACCAACAGUGUACAAGGGUUCCCUUUUCUCUAUAUCCUCUCUAACAUUUGUUAUUCGUAGAUUUUUUUUUUUAGUUUAUAAUCAUUUUAUUUCAACUGUUUUUUAAAAUCAUAAAUGAGGUUUUGGAAUCCAAAGUCAAAACAUUUAUUCUUCGUAGCCUCAGAAUUUGGCAAGCAAUUCCAGACCUUGCUUUCCAAAUCCAGUCUUUGCUAUUUUUCAGAGUCUGAGCCCUAGUUUUUAA